UAUAAUGUCCCGCUCCUUGCAACGUCUAUUGGGCGGCUGUCGUCGAUGGGCCCAGCAACCGGCGGUACGCCACUUUGCCACUCCUGUGGAUUCCACAAAAGGAAAGGGUCCCAUAUCUUGGAAAAGUCUGGCGGUGAUCGGGACGCUUGGAGCCGGUGGAUUAGGUUUUAUGCUUUACGUCAAAAGUGAGAAGGAUGAAGCAAGGAUGAGGGAACGGAAGCGUCAGCUGGGAAAGGCGGCCAUUGGCGGAAAAUGGGAACUAGUCGACUCCCAAGGUGCAGUGCGGAAAUCCGAGGAUUUCCUUGGGAAAUGGCUUCUCAUAUAUUUCGGCUUCACCCACUGUCCUGAUAUUUGCCCUGACGAGUUGGAGAAAAUGGCUGCCGUAGUGGACGAAGUUGAGAAAUCCCCACAAACGCCGGCUAUACAGCCCAUAUUCAUUACUGUGGACCCUGAGCGCGAUUCGAAGGAGGUGGUGGGAAAAUAUGUCAAGGAGUUCUCCCCCAAACUCCUAGGUCUCACGGGAACAGUGGACCAAAUUCGCAAUGUGUGCAAGGCCUUCCGGGUCUACUUCAGCUCCGGGCCGCGAGAUGAGGACAACGAUUACAUUGUAGACCACACCAUUAUCAUGUAUUUAGUCAAUCCGGACGGAGAGUUUGUGGACUACUAUGGCCAAAAUCGGGACAAGGACCAGUGUGUGUCCUCCAUUAUGGUCAACAUCGCCAAGUGGGACUCGUUAAACAAAAAAGGCUGGUUUAGUUAGGCCUGUUAAAUUUUGAAAAAAGUUGUUUCGUUGUAAUUUAUACUUACCUAUAACGUAAAACGUAUAGAAAAAAAAUUAAAUAACAAA